UAAGCGGACUGUGCCUUAAAGCGCUGAUGUGAUUACAGACUUUAAUGUUGUAUGAUAACAUGCACCUCACCUGAUUUGAUAACGCGUACUGUCACAUGAGGUCAAGUACCGGUAUCUAAAAUGUUUAUCUGUAAACAGUACGGUCCAAAGUAUUAUACCAGUUGAUUUUAGCCAUCAGAUGGUGGGUGUAAUUUAAGGAAUAUAGCUUUCUACUGAAUAUUUAUAAAAGGUGAUCAAGAUGGCUACGUUUUCUCAGCAACUUUGGCUAAAGGCUCUGAUUCAUUUAUAGACUUGUGUUGUUCGUCUUGUCUAGGCACACAAUUGACCAUAGAGUUUUACUGCGAUAACUGUGCAAAAUGUUUUAGCCUGCACAUGUCACAUAUGGAAGGAGGGACACCAGUAUAUGGCCAGUGCCAAAGGAAGUGGAUGAUUUUCUUCAGGAAUGUGACCUCCAUGAAGACAAACGUCUAGACUUUUUUGUUAUGACCACUGUCAGCUUUGCUGCAAUAAUUGUGCUUUCCUCAUUCACAGGUAACACUGAACAUGGCUGAAAAGUUGACUCUAUGAAGACAAGUUUGUUGAUGUUAGCAUCAUGGCAAGUUUAGCUGAUGUGUUUAAGGAGAAGGAACGGUUGAACUGGCUGAAGGCGUGGCUAGCAAUAGACAUUGCGAAGUCUGGCUUGGAGCACUUAGCUGACAACGAGGCUCGUAAUUUUCACCAGCACAUAUACAACAAUGUAACAUCUACUCUCCAGUCACAAUCAUAUACUUGCAACAGCUGUAACACAGCAAAUUUGUUGCGAAACCAACAGUGUCCAUUCAAGAUUUGUAAUAAAGUUUGCCAGGAAAUAAUCAAGGAACAUCGGUACAAAAAAUGUUCUUGGAAUAAUACAUCUGCGACAUUAUGGCAAACGAGUCAUUGGGAAAUAGCGAAAUGUUACAUCCAAACAGAUGGAUAUGCUGACAAGAUAUCGAUUCAAGAAACAGACUUCAACGGAGUCGUCAGUUUUAUGCUGAACUGCAAACGCUUUGAUAGCAAGUUUUCUUUUCCAAUAACAAAGGGAAAGCCAACCCACAACAAUCCUGCAUGCCUCCUGUAUAAGGCUCGUGAAGUCCAUAAAGCUGUGCGGCACUCUUCAAUAAUGAAAGUCACUGAUGUCGAUCUCCAAGACUAUUUCACAACAUUGAACAACCUGCUGAAAGAUUCAAGCUAUCUCAGUCAAGAUAACGUUGCCAAAAAUGCUGUGGUGAAAUUAGCCCAGUUGGAAAAAGACACAUUACUAUUGACGACAGUAGAGAUGAUGUGUUUCCUGGAUGCUUUAGAAACAACUUUGAAACAACACUUGAAAGAUGUUGCCAAAGACGUUGUUGACGCAUCAGUGAAUGACCUCAGAGUAAAUACAGCAUUGUGUAUUGAUAACAUAAAAUAUUUUCUGGACACAUGUAAGCAAGAGCUUGCUAAACAGGCAGAUAUACAUAAACAGGAUAUCGAUGAACACGUCGACAGUCAAAAACAAGGCAUGGAUAAACACGCCGAUAGACACAAACAGGGCAUGGAUGAACACGCCGAUAGGCACAAACAUGGCAUGGAUAAACAGGUCGAUAGACACAAACAGGGCAUUGAUGAACUCGCCGAUAGACACAAACAGGGCAUGGAUGAACACGCCGAUAGACACAAACAGGACAUGGAUGAACACGCUGGUAGACACAAACAGGGCAUGGAUGAUCACACCGGAAAACACAAACAGGGCAUAGAUGAACACGCUGGUAGACACAAACAGGGCAUGGAUAAACACGUCGAUAGAUACAAACAGGGCAUAGAUGAACACGCCAAUAGACUCAAACAGGGCAUGGCUAAACACGCCGACAGACACAAACAGGGCAUGGAUGAACACGUCGAUAGAUACAAACAGGGCAUGGAUGAACACGCCAAUAGACACAAACAGGGAAUGGAUGAACACGCUGGUAGACUCAAACAGGGCAUGGAUGAACAUUCGGAUAGACACAAACUGGGCAUAGAUGAACACGCCAGUAGACACAAACAGGACUUAGAUGAGCAGGCAGUAAAUUGCAUUAAGGGCAUCCAAGAACAGUUUGGAAAUACAGCUUUCACUGAAACAACCUACAAACAGUUUUGUAAAGAAAUGCUUGGAGCUUUGACAAAGUAUUACAGGAAUCGUUUCUGUUAUGCAAAUGUCUUCCCAUUGGAUGACUGGGCUGAGGAAAAGUUACUUGAUAUUUAUAUGCCGCCGAAUAUCAAACUAAUGGCUAAGGAAAGAGGGUUUUUCAAGAAAACUGGGGAACGCAUUUUUAAAUACGAACACAUUUUUUUAUCGGAUACCAAACCGAACCAACAGAUAUUUAUUCAAGGGGAAGCAGGGUAUGGAAAAUCUACUUUUCUUGCAAAAUUGGUAAUGGAUUGGUGUACUAUAACAUCACAACAAUCAGCAGAGAAUAAGCUGCCAAUUGACGACAAUACCACUACAUUCAGCUCUAAUACACAUAUGAGAUACUCAAAUGUCUUUGACGAUUUAACGUCUCUGAAAGACUUUAAAUGUGUCUUCCAUGUAACAUUACGGGAAUCAGUUGAUCAGUUUGAAAUUGAAAACAUGAUAAAUUCACAGAUAAUUGACAGUAUAUUCUCAUCUGAAGAAGAUCGGAGAAAGGCAUACAAACUUCUUAAUGAGAUCAUGAAACGUGAACGUUGCUUGGUAUUAUUGGAUGGUCUAGAUGAAUGGACCGGUACUGGUGAUCAUCACAACCUGCCAAGACUGGCCGACGUACACAGUAUUUGCGUUUUGUUGAUUACUACUCGAUCUUGGAAGAUGACAGAAGCGAAAAUACUUGACUCGCAGAUUUGCAAACUGCUGCAACUUGAUGGAGUAAACAACGUGUUUGAGGUGAGCAGAACAAUCCUGAGGUGUAGGAAAGAUUUUAAGGGUAGACAAGAUUUAGACAAAACACAAUCUGAAUUUGAAUCGUAUGUACUGAAAUUUGGCUUGUUAGAGGAUUUGAACACCCCAAUGAUGUUGUGUUUGAUUGUACACUCCUGGACCAAAGGAACUGAACUGAAAGGCUCUAGGUGUGAAAAAUACAGUCUCUUGCUGGAAUGUCUUUUCAAGAAGGCGAACAUUGAAACGAGUGAAUUUCAAGAGCCGCCUUAUCCAUGCUUCACAGAGACACAAAACAUACAACCCAAUAUCGAACACUUGAAUAAACUUGCUGAAGCGGCAUUUUAUUUGCUGUUUUCAGAUACACCGGAAAAAGCUCUGGUAUUCACCAGUACGGAACUAAAGAAAUUCAAUUUAGGUCGACUAGAUCAAGAGAACUUUGCACUGAAGUCCGGUAUUUUAUCAGCGACACGCAAGGCAUCUGCAUUAAGAUCAACUUCAUCAUUUUCAUUUAUUCAUAAGAGCAUUCAGGAAUUCCUGGCUGCUUAUCAUAUUGCAUGCAAUACCAAUCUGAUUGAUGACGUCAUUUCCGGUUAUCUCAACCGUCACGACGAUGCAUAUCUUGGCAUAUCACAGGUGAUCAUCUUCCUCUGCGGACUGAACAUUUCGGCUGCAAAUAAGCUUUCUGGCAUGAUGGAUGAACACGAUGUUCGUUGUUGGAACCCGAUUAAUCAUUCUGGGCUUAAAUACAUCAUACUAGCAGGAUACAGAGAAGCUGUUGCCAAUCAGCAAAAGGAUAUUAUACUCAAACUCAGUGUGUACCAUUUAGACUUUGAUAACGACAUGCAAGACCUGCACAGCAUAUGGACAAAUAACAAGUCUAAUGUCCUGUCCAUGUGUAUAUCUUCUAGCAGAGAGAGUUCACCAACAAGUUCACCAACAAGAGGCGAGUCUGCGUCUCAAAUUGAGUUUGAUCUGUCAUCGUGCAUGAAGCUGAAAUCACUGGAACUAUAUGGAAGCGGCAUAUUGCUAAGUGAUUUUGCAAGUUCGUCAACAGCAGAAUAUCUGGUCGGGUUUGUUCUUAAACGUGCAGAUCCAUCCCAGUGUGCAGAUCCUCCUCGAUUACUGCCCUCUAUAAAAGACAUUAAAUUGUACAAUGUCACGUGUUCUUUUACCUGUCUACGUAGUCUCUUCGGCACGCUGCUGACUCUCGAUCAUGCGGUGACGUGUCGCCUGUUGAAUAUAUAUAUCGAAUGUGAAGAGGGAGCACAAAGAGCAACAUGUGCAUUCACACAUAAUGGUUUAAACAAUACCUGCAUUAUAAAACUCGCGGGCGACAGCCCUUAUAUGUCGAAGGCUCUACAUGGUCUGAAUAUCAAGAGUUUGAGUUUGAGUGGUAUGUCGGGAGGUUUAGACGUGAAAAAUGUAGAGUCGCUGUCGCAGGUACUAUCAUCGCUCACACAGCUGGAAGCGCUUAGUAUUCAAGUAUCGCAUGACAGUCCCGGACUGCGGAAGGCUCUGACUGGUCUAAAUAUCAAGAGUCUGAGUCUGAGUUGUUUGUGGGGAGGUUUACAUGUAGAAAAUGAAGAGUCAAAGUCGCAGUCACUGUCAUCGCUCACACAGCUGGAAAGCCUUAGUAUUAAAGUGAUUAAAAUGGGGUUAGGCGGCCCCGGCUUGUUGAAGGCUCUGCAUGGUUUGAAUAUUAAGAGUCUGAGUAUUGAUCAGAGAGGUUUCAACGUGCAUCAUGUAGAGCUGUUGUCGCAGUCACUAGCAUCACUUACACAACUGGAAACACUUACACUAUAUGUGCAAAAAUAUAAACAGCUACAGCUACCUCAAUCAUUGAAGUAUUUAAAUAUAUAUAUUAAUUUUUUGUUUCCAUCCAAAGUUUUUGAACUGGUGGACACACUGCUUACACGUACUCAGAAAGUUGGAAGUAAUCCAAAAUUGUGUUGUUCUUUAGAGUUCUUAACUUUCGGAAACAUCCCGCUUGAGGAAUACACUGCCAUCCAACAGGAACUGGAGACGCGGAAUAAUGUUACAGUGGAGAGAUUUAAAAUAUCACACGAUCUAGUCAGAAUGAUGAUAACUUUAAAGUGA